CAUUCACGAACAGACCUAAGCUACCGGUGAAUAUGGAAAAGCCUGAUGAAAAAACAGAGAAAGGAAGCUCCACGGAAAUCGUAAAUUCUCCUGAUUUCGUUGUAGAAAUCAAUGUCCAAAGUCAGGAGACUGAGAAGACAGUUCGUGCAGUACUGCAUGAAAUGCUACAAGCUGGGUUUGAAGCUGCCGUCCGACCUGGCACAGAAUCCAGCCUAUUUAUAUUGAUUAAGGCUCCUUCGGAAUUAGUCCUUCAAUUAGUCAACAAAGAUCGUUCUUGUUCGUUCCUCUACGGAUCAUUGAAUGAUUUGGAUCAUGUGCAAAUUAACGACAUUACACAGGUGGAAACAAGCGACCGUAUUCGUGUUCUUUAUGAAUACAUUACUGGUCUCAAAAAAGAGAAUUGUCUUGGAAUUGUUCCCAGUGAAAACCCGUACAAAGACAUAAUAGAUAUUUUUCCACUUCACAAUGUUAGUAUGGACGAUAAAUGGAUAUCUUCGUGGAAGUUUAAGUCAUCCUUGAAAGUUCAAGAUUUGGAUAAGAUCAAAUCUGAGUAUGGUUCUCAGAUUGCUCUUCAUUUUGCAUUUCAAAAUUUUUUUAAGAAUAUGCUUGCUGUAUUAUCCGUUUGGGGAGCUUUGGGUCACUAUUCGUUUCAGCAAUACUCCGUUAUCUACUCCGUUGGAAUGUCUGUAUGGGGUAUAUGUUUCAUCCAGUUAUGGAAAUAUAAAGAGAAUCAGCUGUCCAAGCGUUGGUCUACGAGAUAUAGUCAGUUUCACGAAAAAAGUAGAGAAGAGUUCCAUCCUUCAUCGGUACAAGUCAACAAUAUGUCCGGCACCGUACAAUCUUACUAUCCUCAUUGGAAAGUGGUUCUUCGAAGUUUGAUUACAACUGCUCCUCUUUUUCUAGUUUCAGGCGUUAUUUUAUUUAUUCUAAUAUCAAUUGCUUUUGCUUUCGACGUGACGCUAACUGAGGUUUAUUCUGGUCCGUUUAAGCCAGUGGUCAGUCUUCUUCCAGCUCUAAUCUUCCAAGUUUUCACUCUUCCUUUUAAUAUUAUUUACACAUUGGUUGCUCAAAAGCUUACAGCCUGGGAAAAUCAAAGGACGAAAAACAAGUUCCAAUCUUCGCUGGCCUCCAAGAUUUUUUUGCAACAUUUUAUGCUUUCUUAUACAGCGCUUAUUUUAAUCUCAUACGUUUAUGGUCCUUUUGGCGAACACCUAGUUUCGAAUGUCUUGCAAAAUAAAGCUGCGAACCUGACAAUGAAGCUUUCUUUUAUAACAGAUUCUAAGUUUCAAUUAAACCCUUUAAGACUUCGCAAUCAGUAUUUCUACUUCUUAACGAAUGCUCAGGUUAUAAAUUAUUUCACAAACCUCGCGCUUCCUCAAAUUAUUACUUAUCUUAAAUACUACGUGAAAUCUAAGAUUGGCAUGAAGCGCUUGUCUAUUCACGAUGAUGCUGCUGAGGCCGAGUCCCUAAAUUUUAUUCGGAAGCAAUCUGAGCUUUCUACAUAUGACGGGUACAAUGACUACAAGGAUUUGGUAUUGAUUUUUGGUUAUCUUGUUAUGUUUUCUCCUAUUUAUCCUUUAGCUCCUUUAUUUAUGUACGCAAAUAGCUAUUUGAUGAUUCGCUCUUCAGUAUACAAACUUUGUAAGUUGUCAAAAAGACCCGUUGCUGUACGUAUCGAAUCCAUUAAAGAUUGGAAUCAGCGUCUUACUUUCAUAAGUUGGUUGGGCAGUAUUACGAUGCCUUCAAUCAGCUUUCUAUAUUCCCCUAUGAAGACAAUGACAAAACAAAAACUUUACUAUUCUUUGUUAGUUGGUUUCUUCUCUGAACAUGUAUGGUUUUUACUUCGCCAUACAAUAACAUCGCUUCUCCCAAUUGAAGAAACCCCACGAUUGCCCUUCCAAGAACGUGAACAGAUACUACAUGAUAAAUUUGAGGACAGUGUAUAUAGCACUGGACAUCUACAAAGAACAAAUCCUUUUGACGAGAGCCUUGAAGUAUUAGCAUUCUAUCACUCGGCAGAAUCAAAGAAAAUCAAUUAGGAUUUUAUUUUCCUGGUAUCAUUUGCUAUAGUAAUUACGGAUAUAUUAUAUCUGAUUAGACCAAAAUAGGUUAUGCAAGGCAUUCCAUUUAAACAGGUUAUCC